UUUAGCAGCUAUUUCCAACAGUAGAUAAUAAUUGAUAGUCGAGAAGGAGAAAAGAGUUGGCCUAUUUAAAUUUAAUUGUUUUCCUUUCAAAACAGUUACAUUACAGUACAGUGAUGGCAUUAGAUACUUUGAUUUAUUACACAGUUCUCUGUAAUAUUUGAUUCUGAAUGCAGAAUCGCAUUCAGCUGUCAAAUAUUUUUGUAUGAUGACUGUAUAAUUGACCAUUGUCCCACACAAAUGAUUUCCUACAUAACUUUACUGCUUUCAUAUCUCUCAUGUUGUUUCAAUCUACGGUCUCUAAUCAAUAUUUUGUGACUAUUCAUUUAUUUGGUGAGAAGCCAUGUACUAAGUGGGAUAAUGUACAGUCAUUAUCACAAAAUAAACCCCUUCAGGGUGACACAAGACUGCAUCAAGGGGUUUAUUUUGCAGUAAUUACCGAAUGGAAGCACAUUAACCCUUUACAUGUACAGUGGUACUGAAUGAUUGCCAUAUUCAUAUGCCAUAGAGUUUACAUACAGUUUUAACCCUGUUCAAUUAAACUUAUUUGAAUAUUGCUUUUCACAAUGCAUGUUUUUACAAAGCAGAUUUAUAAAGAAUAGUACCUUACAAACCUCCAUUGAGCAAGCCAAAGUCAACAGUGGUAGAUGAGGAAGAGGGAUGUGUUACUGGUUGCUUCUUGGGUUUACAACCAUAAAAGUUUAGUUUUCAGAAGCUUGCCUGUGUUCUUCUUCAGAUCCACACAUCAGCAGUAUGACUGCGGGAACACCAGGCACAGUAGAAAUGGCAAAAACGGUCAUGUGUACUAUACAGGGGCCAGUGGUGCACUGUGUUUCAUCAAUCCUUUGUACCUCCAUGAGCAUGGUGAUGAUUGGCUGACUCAUUCUUCAACCAACCCACAUCUUGCCAAUCGUCCAGUCAGCUUGAGACGAGAGAGGCAAUUAAGCAACACAAGAGCAUGGGAUGGGAGGGGACUAAAACAGAGGCCAACUUCCCUAGGGUCAUUUGAGAAGUGUUCAGUGUCUCUAGCUUCCCCAGGUGGAGUUGUGCUUCGCAGCGGAAGUGGUUCCAACCAGCAAGACCCUCUCAAAAGGGCAAGUGCAGACUCCAUCCACAGUCCUCGUCCACAGUCGCCACAUCGUGUGUCAUGGAUAGAGGACAAGAUAUGGCUGAAUGCAUCACCUCCUUCCUCUCAGCUUCACCCACCCGGCUUAGAGCUGGACUCCCUGUCAGUUAGUAGUAUAGAGGAGGAGCCUGAACCAGCCAUAAGCCCUUCCCCAUACCAACACUCGCCCCGCCUCCCUUUAGCAGAAAAGGUCAAGAACCGCCUCUCGGCAGUGGGUCAGGCUCUGGGCAGAUUUGUGUCACCACAGCGACGACUGAGUAAACGAAUUCAGGAGAUGGCGGAACAAAAGAGUGGGGUAUUUGCAGAGGCCAUCAGGGGAUUUAUAGAGCAAACUCAUGCAGGUGGGACAACUCCUGGGGUGACCUGCACUGAGAUGCUACAGGAAGUGCGUUCAUCUCUAACUGCUCUAAGAGAAACCCUGUUCGAUUACCCAGAGAUCCAAAGCAUCACUGACAGCCUUGGAGACACACCUGAUUUAGAACUGGAUGUUAUGUUGGAGGUCGCCUUACAUAAAGUAGCUCUGAAGCCAGUUUACGCUCAUCUGUACAUGUGUCUGAAGACAGCACACAGGGAUGAUGGCACUCUGCAGCGUUUAGAGGCCAACAUGAGCAUGCUGGAGAAGCGCAGCCUGGAGGAACUAGAAGGUGCAGCUGGUGCUGGGGUACCUGAUGCUGUCAUGAUGGAGAAGAUCCAGCAACACUGGACCAUGAUGCAUAAGACCUAUUCACCUAGUAAAAAAGUUUACAUCCUGCUCAAAGUCUGCAAGAAUGUCUACCAUAGCAUGAAGGCUAAUUCUAAACCUGGUGUAGUUUUUGGGGCAGAUGACUUCCUACCAUGCCUUACAUGGGUGUUGCUGCGUAGUGAUGUGGCUAUACUGCAGAUUGAUACUGACUACAUGAUGGAGCUGCUGGACCCCACACAACUACAAGGAGAGGGUGGGUACUACCUUACAACUCUCUACGCUGCCCUUUUUUACAUCAGCAGUUUCAGGCCUCGUUUAGCGAAGCGGCAACUCAGUGCAGAAGCACAGAGGUCUCUCAGCCAGUGGCAUCGCAGACGUACUCUCCACUGCAACCAAUCAAGGCACACCAAACAUCGCAAAACCAUACGGAGGCGUGGGCCAGCAGAGGCAGACUGUGCCGAUCCACCGGAAGGGAAUUCUUUGCAUGAGAGCGCAGAUUCCAGCACACCGGUCACCUCUAGUGUGCAGGAAAAACUGCUGGGUUUGGAGGAAGAGUUAGAGAUUGUAAAGAAGGAAAAAGAGGGCAGCUCAGAGUUCUCAGGGGAACAAAUACAGUUACUAGAAACGCUCUACCUUGCCGCACAUAAAACAGAGGAUGAUGGGAAAGGUGCUGGAGUGAGCUGGAAAAUUAUGUAAAUGUGAUAUACAGAGAGAAUUAACAAAUUCUUACUACUUAAAAAAGAACUUACCUCUGGACUUACUUAUUAAGUUUUGCAUGGGCAAGCAUCACUCAUAUAUUCUUAAUGUAAAAAUCUAGUCUUGCAUACUAACAUUAAUGUUUUAAAACUGAUAUUAAAUCAUACAUACAUAGGCGCAUUACUCUGCCAUUAUUAGUGUUUACUGUACUGUACAGCCUCUGUCAUUUUCAUUGACCACUAGGGGGUACUGUUGUACACGUUUCUUUCCAUUUAUUAAUUACCAAGAACGUCAUACCAAAAGUGUUCUAAUACUGUUGUUGUAGUUUUGUUUUGGGAAGACAAUAUAUAUAUAUAUGUAUGUAUAUGUGUGUAUAUAUGCAUACACUACCUGUCAGAAGUUUUGGAACACUUAUUCUUUAUUAUAAUUGUUUAUUUUUUGGAAUAAUAGUAAAGUCAUCAAAACUAUGGAAUAACAUAAAUUGAAUUAUUGGAAUUAUGUUGUAACAAAACAAAAUCCAAAAUAAAUCAAAACUGUUAUAUUUAAGCAUCUUCAUACAGGGGCGAAAAUUUCAUCAAAAUGUUGGGGGGGACAAUAAACAUAACAAUUCUCAAGAGCAAGUUUUGAAGGGGACACCAAGGUUUUUUUUGUUGUUGCCCCGUUUGCAUUUGUAUUAUUUUAUUUCUUAAACAAUUAUUUUAAGGAUGUAUCAUUAUAUUAUUUACAAUACACAUAUUUUAAUGAUAUUUUAGGGGGGGGCAACCCUCAGAUGGGGGGGUCCUGACCCCCCUGCGAUUUCCGCCUAUGUCUUCAUAGUAUUCCCCCUUUUGUCUAGAAUUUGCAGAAAUGAACUCUUGACAUUUUCUUAAGCAAUUUCUUGAGGUAUCACGCUGGGAUGCUUUUAAACAGUAUUGAAGGAGUUUCCAUCUAUGUUGGGCACUUAUCGGCUGCUUUAUUAUUUGGUCCAAGUCAUCCAUUUCAAAAACUUUGAAUAUUUCAAUUUUUGCACAAAAUGUCCAUAACAUUUUUAUAACAAAUAUUUCCCUUCCAAAGCACAGUUUCAUUAUAUUCCAUUUUUCUUUUUUCAUCUUUAUUAUUCAUCUGGUGAAAAAAAAAAUAUAUAUUUUGGAACUGAACUUUGGAGGGUGAAUAUUUAUUAUUGAAUUUUUUAUGAUAAAUAUUUUGUGCUAAAUGUUUCAAUUGAAAUAUUCAAAGCUUAAAGAGUUAUUUCACCCAAAAAAAAUGAAAAUGAUCUUAUUAUUCAUUUUUAUCAAAUAUCUCAGCUCUGUAGGUCAGUUUAAUUAUUUAUUUGUUUUGGGACAACUGUCCCUUUAAAUAUAUAACCAUGAAAUUGCAUACCCCAAAAAUACAUGCACUGUUUAUGCAAGUGUUUAUUUUUUCAAUAAAUGCAAUACAGUGUG